CUAUGAAGCUACCAUCAAGUUAGUUGUGCCAUCGACAGCUAUCUUAUUAUUUUGUCCUUUCCAUCCUCCAUCUGCUGCACCGUGUGUGUGUCAAAUAUCGUCAACUCCCCUCUCCUCACUCGCUCCCAUCAUGGCCGCUCGUCGCUCUCUCGCUCGCAGUCUCCCUGUUCUCCACACAGCGUCUCCCCGCACUAUCCCCAGCUCCAGGCUUAUCACUUCUUUAGCUUCCUCUUCAACGCGGACAACAGCUGCACCAAUGAAAGCAUCUGCCACGCCACUGAUCGCUUCACGACGCCUGCAUGCCACUGCUCGUCAUCUACAAGCUGCUACCACGUCGGCUGCUUCCACCGCCACAGAGUAUCCCACAUCCCAUGAGCGCAUCUCCUCGCCCGUCGAUACUACCAACUUCAUUGACAACGAGUUUGUCACGUCCAAGGCUACAACAUGGAUUGACCUGCAUGAUCCCGCAACAAACAAUCUAGUGACUCGCGUUCCUCAAAGCACAGAUGAGGAACUCAAGGCUGCUGUCGCCUCGGCCGAGAAGGCCUUUCCCGCAUGGCGCGCUACCAGCAUCAUGACCAGGCAACAAAUCAUGUUCAAGUUUGUAGGUCUCAUUCGCCAACAUUGGGACCGUCUUGCGGCCUCCAUUACCUUGGAACAGGGAAAGACCUUUCCCGAUGCCAAGGGCGACGUUCUUCGUGGUCUCCAAGUCGCGGAAACUGCUUGCGGCAUCACCUCGCAGAUCACCGGCGAUGUGCUCGAAGUCGCCAAGGAUAUGGAGACUCGCAGCUACCGAGAGCCAUUGGGCGUUGUGGCAGCUAUUUGCCCUUUCAACUUUCCAGCCAUGAUUCCUCUAUGGUGCAUUCCAGUUGCCACAAUCACUGGUAACUGCAUCGUUGUCAAGCCAUCCGAGCGAGACCCAGGAGCUGCUAUGAUUUUGGCAGAGCUGGCCCGCGAAGCUGGCUUCCCUCCUGGUGUUAUCAACAUCAUUCACGGAUCUGCCAAGACUGUUGAUUUCAUUCUUGACGAGCCUGCCAUCAAGGCCAUUAGCUUCGUUGGUGGCAACCGUGCCGGUGAAUACAUUUACACUCGUGGCAGUGCAAACGGCAAGCGAGUGCAAGCGAACCUGGGAGCCAAGAACCACGCCACCGUGAUGCCUGACUGCAACAAGAAUCACGCUUUGAACGCGAUUUCUGGUGCGGCCUUUGGUGCUGCUGGCCAACGGUGCAUGGCUCUGAGCACAUUGGUCAUGGUGGGAGAGACCAAGGACUGGCUGCCUGAGCUCGCAGAGCGUGCCAAGCAGCUCCAGGUGAAUGGUGGAUUCGAAGAGGGGGCCGAUCUGGGCCCUGUCAUUAGCCCUGAAAGCAAGAAGCGCAUCGAGGACCUGAUUGCGUCUGCUGAGAAAGAGGGGGCCACUAUCCUUCUCGACGGACGAGGCUACAAGCCUGCCAAAUAUCCUAACGGGAACUGGAUUGCUCCUACUAUCAUCACGAACGUCACCCCAGAAAUGACUUGCUACAAGCAGGAAAUAUUCGGGCCCGUUCUGGUCUGUCUGAACGUUGAGACCUUAGACGACGCUAUCAACCUGAUAAACAAGAACGAGUACGGAAAUGGAGAAGCAAUCUUUACAACCUCUGGACCUACAGCGUCUCGCUUCCAAAAGGACAUCGAGGCUGGCCAGCUUGGCAUCAACGUGCCAAUCCCUGUGCCUCUGCCGAUGUUCUCAUUCACGGGCAACAAGAAGAGCGUUGCCGGUGGUGGUGCCAGCACGUUUUAUGGAAAGCCAGGGUUGCAGUUCUAUACGCAACAAAAGACGGUGACAAGUCUCUGGCGUAGCGAAGAUGCAACACAUAGCCGGGCUAGUGUUGUGAUGCCUACUCAUAAGUAGGCACAUAUCCAAGACUGAUUUAUACGGAAUAUUUUAUUGUUCUACGCUUGGGUUCAAAAUUGUUCUAGUGAUAUCGACGACGAAUAUUUUUAUAUGGCUGAAUUAGUAAUUAUACCUCCACGA